GCUGCAGCUACCCGGAGCCCAGAAAAGCGUGAGCGCGCCGUCCCGGGCGGGGCUCCUGGCCCGAAAAUGGGUGAGUUGCCCUUAGAUAUCAACAUCCAGGAACCUCGCUGGGAUCAAAGCACUUUUCUGGGCAGAGCCAGGCACUUCUUCACUGUCACUGACCCCCGAAAUCUGCUGCUGUCUGGGGCACAGCUGGAAGCUUCCCGGAACAUUGUGCAGAACUACAGGGCUGGUGUGGUGGCCCCUGGACUCACCGAAGACCAGCUGUGGACAGCCAAGUAUGUGUACGACUCUGCCUUCCAUCCAGACACAGGGGAGAAGGUGGUCCUGAUUGGCCGCAUGUCAGCCCAGGUGCCCAUGAACAUGAUCAUCACUGGCUGCAUGCUCAACUUUUACAGGAAGACCCCAACUGUGGUGUUUUGGCAGUGGGUGAAUCAGUCCUUCAAUGCCAUUGUCAAUUACUCCAACCGCAGUGGUGACGCUCCCAUCACAGUCAGGCAGCUGGGAACAGCUUAUGUGAGUGCCACCACGGGGGCUGUGGCCACAGCUCUGGGACUCAAAUCCCUCACCAAGCACCUGUCCACCCUGGUUGGCAGAUUUGUGCCCUUUGCAGCAGUGGCAGCUGCCAAUUGCAUCAACAUUCCCCUGAUGAGGCAGAGGGAGCUGCAAGUGGGCAUCCCGGUGACUGACGAGGAGGGUCAGAGACUUGGCCACUCGGUGGCUGCAGCCAAACAGGGAAUCUUCCAGGUGGUGAUAUCGAGAAUCUGCAUGGCGAUUCCUGCCAUGGCCAUUCCCCCCGUGAUCAUGGACAGUCUGGAGAAGAAAGACUUUCUGAAGCGCCGUCCCUGGCUGGGAGCACCCCUGCAGGUGGGACUGGUGGGCUUCUGCCUGGUGUUUGCCACCCCGCUGUGCUGUGCCCUGUUCCCCCAGAGGAGCUCCAUCCACGUCAGCAGGCUGGAGCCGGACCUGCGAGCUCAGAUCCGUGAGCAAAAUUCCAGCGUUGAAGUGGUUUUCUACAACAAGGGGCUUUGAAGGAGGGCCAGCCCCUAUCCUUAUCCCUCACCAAGUUGGGCUACUGCUUGAGUGGAGCCUUGCCAUCUCUGCCACGUCCCUGUCUGCCUGGCAGGGGACUGUCGGAGGACACGGAGACCAGCAAUACAUUAGGCUAGGGGAGGUGCCCCCAAAGGCCUUUUUCUCUACUCUCUGGUGUCAAAGAGCAGGGUCAGAUAAACCCUCCCUCCUGGGCUUCUGUGUCUAUGCAUAAAUGUAUGUGUGUUUGUGUGUGUGUGUGUGCGCGUGUGUGUGUGUGCAUGCGUAUGUGUUGUCCUGGGAUGUUCUGAUAUCUGCUUUUCCCCACCUGCCAGCUAGCCAGGUUACAGCACUGCCUUUCAUAAACUGUUCUUCCAGCUAAGCCCCUUACUGAGCCCCAGGAUCUCAGGACAGAGACUGAGGGACCCUAGCAGGCCCAAGUGAGCUGAGUCCUUUAGAUUUCUGAUCCCUGGCUUCCAAAGCUGACUCAGGAACUGGGCUGACCAAGGGAAGACAUGUUAGGAUGAGGGAGGCAGGGGGCAUAUGCUUCCCUCAGUGCCAUCCCCUACAUCCUGGAAUCAAUUCAUUUCCUCUCCUCUCCUCUAUCAGAAUGGAGGUGCGCUCUUAUCCUCUACUGCCCUCACCAUCGCCCCCACUCCACAAUCCUAGGAAUUCUUGGUCUGCUCUGACAUCAUGAUCUCAAAUCUAAAUCCUACAAUCCCACCCCCUAAACCAAAUGCCACGAAGGGAGGGCAAGUACUCCCUUUUAUGAGCUCUCCACACACCCUCUUACAGAGAGACACAGCUGUCAGAGCAGUGCUUGAAAUCCAUGGGCAUCUGAGUGGGUGUAACUAGGACACCAUCAAGGGCAAUUAGGCCAAGUGUACACUCUUACUUAACAUAGGGCAUUUUGUGUUCCAUUGACCUUUGCUAGACAUUCGGCAAAACCCUCACCUUAGCUCCUUCUCUUUCUUAAGGCUUGGCCCUGCUCCCAGCCCCAUUCCCACCCCCCAAAAGAGGAAGGGCCCAGGCAUCAAUGGCUCAUCCAAAUGGAAGGAGGGCUUGGUGAUGGAAUUGGUGGUAGUAAACUCACAGAGUGCAGAG